GUUUGUUUCCGCGGUAGGCCAUGUAACCAAACGUGUCAAAACUCAGAAGCAGUUAUUUUCUUUCUCUUCGUUCUUACACACACCACCAGAGUGAGUGAGUUAUUUCUUUCUCUCACUCUUCUUCUUCCUUUGAUCAACUCCCCACACAGCACGGCACAAAAACGAUGGUGUCCAAACCUACCGACUCUGCUUCCAAACCUCGAAAACAACAUGGAGAGCCAGCAAAUGAUGCAAUUGGAAACUUGUCCCUCAAGAUAAAUCAGUUGAAAAAGCAAAUCCAGGCGGAGAGAAUAUUGUACAUUAAAGAAAAAAUUCAGAGCAAUGAGAAGAAGCUACAAUUUCAUAUGUCAGGAGUCCUGUCAGAAAUAUCAACAAGGGGAUCUUCACCGCCAGAGGAAAAUAGGAAAACUCCAAUUCUUUCUUCAAGAAUUGACCAUCCUUUAUGUAAAUUCAGUGGUUUCUCUCCAGUCUCAGGAGACAAAGACCACAGCAAUCAAGAUGCAUUAUCUGCUACAAGUAUCAAAAUUCCAUAUAUUGAAACAUUACCGCCAUAUACCUCUUGGAUAUUUCUAGACAGAAAUCAGAGGAUGGCAGAAGAUCAGUCAGUGGUUGGAAGAAGACGUAUAUACUAUGAUCAACAUGGAAGUGAAGCACUGAUAUGUAGUGACAGUGAGGAGGAGUUAACAGGACCCGAGGAAGAAAAACAUGAAUUUUCUGAGGCUGAAGACCGUGUUAUAUGGAUGGCAUUUGAGGAAUAUGGGUUAAACGACGAGGUACUGAAUAUUGUUAGCGAAUUUGUUGGGGGCACCAGUUUAGAAAUUCAGGAGAGGUACAAAACUAUCAAGGAAAAGAACAUUGGCAGGUUGGACCAGCCUUCUGAAAACUCAGGAGAAUAUGAAUCUAUUAUUGGCAUAUGUCCAGAGAAAAGCCUGAGUGCCGCAUUAGAUUCAUUUGAUAAUCUUUUUUGUCGCCGUUGCCUGCAGAUUUUUGACUGUCGUCUGCAUGGCUGUUCUCAACCUUUAAUAUAUCCUAGUGAAAAGCAGACAGUUUGGUCUGAUCCUGAAGGUGACAGGAAACCAUGCAGUGAUCAGUGUUACCUUCAGCAGUUAAAGGUAGUAAAAAAUGUGACAGAAGAUUCAACUUCUGGGUCUGAUCAGAAUAAGAGAACUACAAUUACAGAAGAGGCAGAUGUGAAAUUGGCUCCCUCCAUUAUAGAGGAACCUAGUAAUCAGAGUAUAGCACCUUUUCCAACAGAAGUUGAUUGUCUUGGAUCUCUUAAUUUAAAUGUUCCUAUCUCAGUGAGUGUGGAAAAAUGGAAAGUCCCAAAUCAGUCAGACACAGCACUCCGUGACUCAUCACUCCCUCCUGAUGAUUCUCAGCAUUCUUAUAAAAAGCUGAAGACAAUAUCUGAUGAUGUAGUUACUGCAAAUAGUGAUUCUAGCAAGAACAUAAAUUUUGGUGCAUGUGAUGAAAGUAUACAUACAAUUACUAGUGGACUUUUGGACAAAUCUGUUAAAGAUAAUUCAAAUAAAUUAAUAGAUUCUUCUAGCACUUGCUGUAGUGAUGAGCAGGACAAAAGUAUUGGGGAUGGACCAAAAGAUCCUACAAAUAAGACAGAAUUUAAGAAGUUGUCCAAUUCAAUGGAAGGGAAAGUUGAUGGGAUGCUAAGGGUUUCAGAUUGGAAACCUCUGGAAAAAGAAUUAUACUUAAAGGGAGUAGAAAUGUUUGGCAGAAACAGUUGCCUCAUAGCAAGGAACUUACUUUCUGGCCUGAAGACUUGUAUGGAAAUAUCUAGUUACAUGCAUUCUGGAGGAGUGUCAAUGCCCCAUGGAUCUAUUGUUGCUCCUAGUUCAAUCAUGGAAGACAAGGGAAAAUUUGAUGCAGAGUGCACAGACCAGGAGAUGCCAUCUAGGUCACGGUUGCUGAGGAAAAGGGGUAAAACAAGGAAAUUUAAAUAUUCUUGGAAAUCUGCUGGCCACCCAUCAAUAUGGAAAAGAAUUGCUGAUGGGAAAAACCAAUCUUGCAAGCAGUAUACACCAUGUGGAUGUCAGUCAAUGUGUGGAAAGGAAUGUACUUGUGUUAAUGGUGGAACUUGCUGUGAGAAAUAUUGCGGUUGUUCUAAAAGCUGCAAAAAUCGGUUUAGAGGAUGCCAUUGUGCCAAGAGUCAGUGUAGAAGUCGACAAUGCCCAUGCUUUGCUGCAGGACGGGAAUGUGACCCAGAUGUCUGUCGGAAUUGCUGGGUUAGUUGUGGGGAUGGUUCAUUAGGGGAGCCACCUCGACGUGGAGAAGGGCAAUGUGGAAAUAUGAGGCUUCUAUUAAGACAACAACAGAGGAUUCUCUUGUCAAAGUCUGAUGUUGCAGGAUGGGGAGCCUUCUUGAAGAACCCAGUAAACAAAAAUGAUUACUUAGGAGAGUACACAGGAGAACUGAUCUCCCACCGAGAAGCAGAUAAACGUGGGAAAAUAUAUGAUCGUGCCAACUCGUCUUUCCUUUUUGACUUGAAUGAUCAGUAUGUUCUUGAUGCUUAUCGCAAAGGAGACAAGUUAAAAUUUGCAAACCACUCGUCAAACCCCAAUUGCUAUGCAAAGGUGAUGCUGGUUGCUGGAGAUCACCGAGUAGGCAUAUUUGCCAAGGAACACAUCGAUGCUAGUGAGGAGCUCUUCUAUGAUUACCGUUAUGGUCCAGAUCAAGCACCACCAUGGGCACGUAAACCUGAGGGUUCCAAGAGAGACGAAUCAACAGCUUCUCAAGGCAGAGCUAAGAAACACCAGUCUCAUUGAUGAGCCUGGACCCAAGUCUAGCACAUACAGAUUUUUGCUUCUACUACUAUACUCUAUACAAACAAAUUUGUGACAUCCCAUGGGUCAACUGUCACAGAAGGAGAUAAUAAGUGGUUUGCUGAUGCUAAUUUGCCAUUAAAUUAUUGGAUAUGACACAGCUAAAGCAAUAAAAUGGGCAAGAGAUGAAGGCAUGAAGCAAAUUAAUGUUGGCGGCAAGUCGGCAACAAGCUAGUAGAAACUAACCUAGCAUGGCAUUUCGGCGAACUUGUUCUAUUCAAACUUGGUUUUGCUCUUCAUUAUGUUAUGUGAUUGUGAGCCAUCCAAGGUAUUAUUAAAUAUAAUAAAAUGCUGAGAUUUGUGAAAUGAAAAACAGAUUUAAGAUUUUAAGCUGUGUUAGAUGUGGAAUAUACUGUAGCCAUCUGAUUGAAGGUUAUCGUCGUUGACGUUUAUCAAUCUUAGAUGACAACCAAUUCAGGGACAUUUUAUGUUCAUUAAUAUUUAUCUAUUCAAUUUAUUAAA